GAGAAUUUGUAGUCAGCACCCUUUAUAUGCCUACUUGGGAUGAAGAUGAAAUCAUGGAUUUGAACCUUGGUGGAAGGACAAAAGAGGGAUACCAAAAAAAAUUCUUGAUAUGUGGUGGAAUACCAAGAACAAUCAACAUUCAUUGGCUGGUUCAUAUUCAUAUUAACCUUCCUUUUAAUGUCAAUGAAGAGCUUGUUGAGUAUACCACCAAUCCAAAUAUUUAUACACAACCACCACCUUAUACACAAUCAACUUUAUAUUUUGCAUCAAAAUAUGUUGGUGAUGAAGUGCUUGAUUAUUUAGAAGAACAAUACCAUUCCUUAUUAUGGCAAUUUAUCCAACACCCACCAUUAUAUCCUGUUGAAGAUGAUGCCUUGAGAGGACACCUGCUGGAAUCAAUGGCACACAAAAUAGUUCCUAAAAAUUGUUCA